AUGAGCAAGAUCUUCUCAACACCUUUUUGCUUUGGACUCCUAACUUUGUUAUCUGUGAUGAUCUUUUUAGAAUUGGUGCGUGGACGGCCAUAUCUUACCCAAGGAAAUGAAGUGUUUCCCAAUAAGAAGUAUCCAAAUCAUGAGGAACUCUUGCUGGCUCUACUGAAUAAAAAUUUCGAUUUCCAAAGAAUUUCCAGCCUUGAUAUAGAACUGGCUAACAAAUUGGAAGAACUUAACCAGCUGGAAAGACUGAAAGAAGCACUUGUGAGGGCAAAGGAUGCUGAAAUGCCCUAUACUAUAGAUGAUCUAUUCUCUUCCCAUCCUAAUAAGCGUGCCUGCUUUUGGAAAUACUGUGUUUAA